GUAGUAGUAGAAGAAGAAGACGAAAACGAAAACGAAGAAGAAGAAGACGACAGGGUUUACUGAGCAUGAUGACUACCUCAUGGAGCGACCAUCUGCAGAAUUAUGCCGACCUACCAGCCAACAUGGACGGUGUAGCCAUGAAGAAGUAUCGACGUGAAGCACAUCACAGAGUGUUUGUCAACCGAAGCUUAGCCAUGGAGAAGAUGAAGUGUUUUGGUUUUGAUAUGGAUUACACUCUGGCAGUGUAUAAAUCUCCUGAGUAUGAGUCGCUGGGAUUUGACUUGACAGUGGAGCGCCUGUUGUCCAUUGGAUAUCCACAAGAGCUGCUCAACUUUGUCUAUGACCCUUCCUUCCCCACCAGAGGGCUGGUGUUUGACACAGUGUAUGGCAAUCUGCUCAAAGUGGAUGCCUAUGGGAACAUCCUGGUGUGUGUGCAUGGGUUCAACUUCUUAAGGGGACCUGACAUAAGAGAGAUGUACCCCAACAAAUUUAUUCAACGUGGAGACACAGACCGGUUUUACAUCCUCAACACACUCUUCAACCUGCCUGAAACCUACCUGUUUGCUUGCCUGGUUGACUUCUUCACUAACUGCCCCAGAUACUCAAGUUGUGAGACUGGCUUCAAAGAUGGUGACCUUUUCAUGUCCUACAAGAGCAUUCUCCAUGAUGUCCGAGAUGCUGUGGAUUGGGUUCAUUUCCAGGGGUCCUUAAAAGAAAAAACUGUUGAAAACCUGCAGAAGUAUGUGGUAAAGGAUCCAAAGCUUCCUCUCCUCCUCAGUCGCAUGAAUGAAGUUGCCAAAGUGUUUUUGGCCACCAACAGUGAUUACAAAUACACAGAGAAAAUUAUGACCUACCUGUUUGACUUUUCUCAUGGCCCAAAGCCGGGCACACCCCACCAGCCCUGGCAGUCUUACUUUGACCUGAUCCUGGUGGAUGCCCGGAAGCCUGUGUUCUUUGGAGAAGGAACAGUGCUGCGGCAGGUCGACACUACCACAGGUCGGCUGAAGAUUGGCACAUACACUGGACCACUCCAGCGUGGUAUUGUUUAUUCCGGAGGAUCUUCAGACAUUGUGUGUGACUUGCUGGGUGCCAAAGGAAAGGAAAUCAUCUACAUUGGAGACCACAUUUUUGGUGAUAUUCUCAAAUCCAAGAAGCGUCAGGGGUGGAGGACUUUCCUGGUGAUACCUGAGCUGGCACAGGAGCUGCAUGUGUGGACUGACAAAAGCUCCAUAUUUGAGGAGCUUCAGUCUCUGGACUGCUUCCUGGCAGAGCUUUACAAACAUCUGGACAGCAGCAGCAACGAAAGGCCUGACAUCAGCUCCCUGCAGAGACAGAUUAAGAAAGUGACUCAUGACAUGGACAUGUGCUAUGGCAUGAUGGGAAGUCUGUUUCGCAGUGGCUCCCGUCAAACACUGUUUGCCUCCCAAGUGAUGCGCUAUGCUGACCUGUAUGCUGCCUCCUUCAUCAACCUGCUCUACUAUCCUUUCAGCUAUCUGUUCAGGGCUGCACAUGUACUGAUGCCUCACGAGUCAACGGUGGAGCACACCCACGUCAAAGUCAUUGAUACAGAGUCUCCACUUGCCACACGAAACCGCCACGACAUCGACUUCAAGUGCAAACGGCACCAGCUGACCAGAUCAAUUAGGGAGGUCCAGCCUCCCCAUUUCUUCCCUCAGGCUCCACAGGAGAUCACACACUGCCAUGACGAGGAUGACGAUGAGGAGUAAAUUAAGAAGUGCAAAGGAGUCUUUGUCUCACUUAAGUUCAUCUGCUUUGAAUGUUCGAAGUUCAUCUUUUUCUAUAUCUAUAGGGCUGAGUCUGACUGUCAGAUCCACAUGUUAAUUUGUUGAUCCAUUUUUACAUGUAGUAGAACACAACAACCAACAAAACCAACGUAACAAUCUGGAUCUGGUCUACAUAUAGAUUCAAAUGGACUUACUACCUUACUGGUAACUGUACUUGAUCCAGGUAAUUCACAAUAAUAAAGUGUAUAGAGUAUUAUAAGAUCAAGAUAGUGAGACAAACUGACAGAGUGAAAGAGAAUAUCUAUACCUUAUUUGGGUAGAGCAGCUGUUGGUAACUGGAUCCUCCUGGUUCUGCUUGGUUUGUUAAAUUUUCUGCUUCAUUCAGUUCAUCAGGAGAGAGAAUCCACUCUUCAUUUGUUCAUUUGCAUUUUCAGUGUAAAUAGUUCACUGCCCUGUUUCUUACUCCUGCAUCAUACCUGUAACCUAAAAAUGUGCCUGAGGUUAAGAUGCUAACCCAACCUAAUUUAAAUGAAUGAGAUUUGUCACACACUGUCACACACGCAUAUUUGGGACAAAAAUACUUUUGUUCUUCCAAAGACUACUCGUCCAAUGUAGGGAUGUGAUGAUAUAAGGUAUUUAAGCUCAAGUGGAGUUCAACAGAAUAAAUAAUAAGUUAUUACUUCUUUCAAGGAGAUUAUAGUUUCACCUGUCCAUAUUUCCACAAUGCACUGUUAAACGGUUACGGUCUUAUUCACCCCACUUUCAGCUGAUACAGUGAGUGUGAAUGAGAAUGUUUGUUAAAGAAUUAAUUCUGAUCAAUUAGUUUUUUCUUAUGGUCUGUUAUAAAUGUUGCACACUAUCUGAUAAGUUUGAAUAAAAACCUGAACCUA